AUGGCAGAAGCCGGUAUUUCAGAAGAUCAGGACCAGUUCAUUUGUCCAGUCUGUUUGCAUCUGCCAAAUGAUCCAGUGACCGUUCCCUGUGGACACAGUUUCUGUAUGCUGUGCAUUAAUGGCUGCUGGGAUCAGGAGGAUCAGAGGGGGGUCUACAGCUGCCCCCAGUGCAGAGAGACCUUCACUCCGAGGCCUGUUCUACGCAGAAACUACUUUAUAGCUGAAAUGUUGGAGAAACUGAAGAUAGACCGUCAAGCUGCUCCUCCUGCUGGACCUGGAGAUGUGGAGUGUGAUUUCUGCACUGGGAGAAAACUGAAAGCUGUCAAAUCCUGUCUGAUGUGUUUGGCCUCCUUUUGUGAAGAUCAUCUAAAGCCUCACCUUGAAGUUCCUGCUUUGAAAAAGCACAGGCUGGUCAAGGCGUCCGGUCAGCUACAAGAGAAGAUCUGCUCUCAACACGACAAACUGAUUGAGAUCUACUGCCGCACUGACCAGAGCUGUAUCUGCUACUUGUGUACGAUGCAUGAACACAAAGGUCACGAUACAGUUCCAGCUGUAGCAGAAAGAACCCAGAAACAGAGUGAGCUAAAGGAGCUACAGAGGAGGUUUCAGCAGAGACUCCAGGAGAAGGAGAAGGAGCUACAGGAGCUGAAACAGGCUGUGAACACUAUUAAGCACUCUGCACAGGCAGCACUGGAGGACAGUGAGAAGAUCUUCACUGAGCUGAUCCGCUCCAUCGAGAAAAAGCGCUCUGAGGUAACAGAGCUGAUCAGAGCUCAGGAGAAGGCUGAGCUGAGUCAAACUGAAGAACUGCUGGAGAACCUGGAGCAGGAGAUUGCUGAUCUAAAGAGGAGAAACACUGAGCUGGAGCAGCUUUCACAAACUGAGGAUCACAUCCAUUUCCUCCAGAGUUUCCAGUCUCUCUGUGUCUCUUCUGGAUCUGAGGCCUUGUCCAGCUUCACUGUCCGUCCACAGCAGUCAUUUGAUGGAGUGAGGAAAUCUCUCUCUGAUCUGAAAGAGCGUCUAGAGCAAUUUAAGAAGGAAUUCAGUCAAAUCCCUGCACAGAGUUCCACAGCUGCUGCAGGUCGAGUGAUUUCACCUUCAGCGCCAAAGACCAGAGAAGAUUUUCUGCAGUAUUUCUGUCAGCUGACUCUGGAUCCCAGCACAGUAAAUCGUAAACUCUGCCUUUCUGAGGAGAACAGAGUGGUGAGGUGGAGAUGGGGAUCACAGCGUCACUCUGAUCAUCCAGAGAGAUUUGACUCAGUGUGUCAGGUGUUGUGUAAGGAGAGUCUGACUGGACGCUGUUACUGGGAGGUUGAGUGGAGCGAAGCGGAAUUGAGGUUUGUCUCCACAUCUGUCUCAUAUAAAGGAAUCAGCAGGAAAGGAUGGGGUGAUGAGUGUGUGUUUGGACGCAACAAUCAGUCCUGGAGUCUGCAGUGUUUUCCAACUCUCACUUUCCAACACAACAAGAUUAAGACUGCACUCUCAGCCCCACUGUCCUCCAGAAUAGGAGUGUAUGUGGAUCACAGUGCAGGAAUUCUGUCCUUCUACAGUGUCUCUGACACAAUGACCCUCCUACACACCGUCCACACCACAUUCACUCAGCCUCUUUACGCUGGGUUCUGGGUUGUUUUGGGAACAGUUAAACUGUGUGACUCCAGGUAAAACAGAGUUAUUGUACCCCUGAAAUGUUCAGCACUUAUUAUUUUCAUUUCGGUUUGAUUUGCAGUUUUAGCUCAGUUUCGGUUGGUCUUAUGAGUGCAUUAAUAGUUUGAGCGUUUAUUUCCUGAAAAGCAAUAGUUUUAGUUUAGUUCUUAUUUACUUUAACUUUUAGUUUAGGUUUUUAGCGUUAUGAUGGAUAUUUGUUUCUUUCUAAGGAAUUUUGCUGUUUUUGCAAACCGAAAUCAGCACAGUAGAACUUUAUAUUCAGCCAGUUUGACAGAUUUCCUUUAAGCCGUCUCCACCUCCAUCUACUGGGUUUAGCAUAGAAGAAAUCCACUUCUUAACUGUCCUCCAUGCAGUGAAAACACAAAAACUAAAGCUUAGUUUUCAUGUUUUUCAGAUCUUUUGGUUGUAUUUUUAUUAUAGUUAAUGAGUACUGAUUUUCACUGAUAGCUUCCAUUUUCAGUGGUUUUCGUUAACAAUACUAACCUCAUCAUAAACAUCGUCUUAUGUUGUUAAAUAGGAACUAAAUCAGAUUUGGUAUAUAUGAUUUGUUCCACAAAAAUUCUGUGGACAUGAAUUUUACUCGCUUUUUUUGGAAUAAGAGUUUGAUGUUGUACAUAAACAUUGUUAAUAAUAAACAUCUAGAGCCAAAAAAGAAAUCUUGUUUUGGGGUAUCUGUGAUAGUAAGUAGUGUCUUUAUGCAUGCACACAAAUUAAUAUUAAAUGCAUAUAAAUGCCCAAAACUAAUAAGCAAAAAAAGAGAGACAAACAAUUAUAAUACAAAAAUAUUAGUAAAAAUACAAAGUAAACAAGAAUCCAAGCCAUAAAAUAAACUAAAAAUGUAUGUAAAUUUAUAAAGAGGGAUAAACAAUUUAGACCAGAGCUGCCCAAUGUGAGGCCCGUGAGGACGUUUGAUUUAGCCCACCAGAAAGUGACCGUAACUUUCUGACUUCCACAAACAAGCUUUACAUUAUGGUAAAUAUAUUUACCCACACUUUCUCAACACACAGCUCUUUACUGUAAAACUACAGGGUUUUUACCGUUAAUAGAAAAUCCAUUUUUGAAGCUGACUGUUAUGACAGUGGAGUAACAUUUGUUUCUGAUUUAUUGAGAUGGUCUCCUAUUGUCCUUCAAAGAUUUUACCAGAAAGUAUAAAAUUACUAUUUCAAGAAAAAGGGUAUGACAAAAUGUGCAAAGCAGUUUCUGUCCUAUCACC